UGAACUCACAGUAGGAUUCAGACCUCACACAAUGAUCAGAAAGGGAGUUACUGAGAGUUUUGGGGCAGCAGUGUCCUGUCUGAGCACAUCUCAUCUGACAGAUGAAGUGAUAAGGAGGAGUAAGCGAAUGAUACUGGACACGCUGGGAGUGGGAUUGCUUGGAACCAGCACCCCAGUCUUUAACACAGUACUUCAGUUCAGCCAAAGGCAGCAAGCACUAGAAAACAGCAAGGUCUGGGGCAGACCAGGAUUAUCUCUUCCACCUCACUAUGCUGCCUUUGUUAAUGGAGUUGCGGUGCACUCUAUGGACUUUGAUGACACCUGGCAUCCAGCCACUCACCCCUCCGGCGCUGUGUUGCCGGCUCUCCUAGCACUGGCUGAAACUUUACCUGGUAAACCCUCCGGCCUGGAGCUGUUGCUGGCUUUCAGUGUAGGCAUAGAGGUUCAGGGGAGACUCCUGAGGUUUUCUAAAGAGGCACACAACAUUCCCCAAAGAUUCCACCCGCCUGCAGUUGUUGGGAUUAUGGGCAGCGCAGCUGCUACCGCUAAACUUUUGGGUCUCCCGUCGGCCCAGAGCAUAGCAGCUCUAGCGAUAGCCUGCUCAUCUGCUGGAGCGCCCAUGGCAAACGCUGCGACUCAAACCAAACCUCUCCACAUGGGCAAUGCUGCCCGGGGGGGUCUGGAGGCCUCCCAACUCGCUCUCCUCGGCCUGGAGGGUAACACACAGAUUCUGGAUCUGGAAUCAGGCUUCGGGGCCUUCUAUCCAGAUUAUGUCCCUCACCCACUGGCUGAGGUCACCCCUACUUCUCAGUACAGGUGGGUGUUAGAAAACCAGAACAUUGCACAGAAGCGCUUUCCCGCCCACCUCGGGAUGCACUGGGUGGCGGAUGCAGCAGUAGAAGCUAGGGCGAAAUUUUUGGACAAAUAUCCAAAUGCAGAUCUCAGUCAAAUCAAGAAGAUCACUCUCAGAGUUCCCUCAUCCAGAUAUGUAAACUGCCCUCUUCCGCUAAGCGAGCACCAGGCCAGACACUCUUUCCAGUUCAACUGCUGUACCGCACUGCUGGAUGGAGAGGUCACCGUCGACUCCUUCAGCAAAAGCCAGAUGAACAGGAGUGCCCUAAAGGAGAUGCUUCUGAAAGUACGUUUGGAAAAUCCACAAGACAAUCACUCGAGCUUUGAAAAAAUGUAUUGCGAAAUUGCAGUGGAGACAACUCAGGGGGAAACGUUCACUGCGCGCUGCAACACUUUUUAUGGUCACUGGAGGAAACCACUUAGUCAUGAGGAUCUGGUGAGGAAGUUCAGGGCUAACGCUUCGACUGUGCUGACCUCUGAUGUUGUGGAGGGUAUUAUUUACACUGUAGACCGUCUGGACACAAAUCAAGACUGUUCAAUGCUUUGGUCAUACAUGCACUUUAAUAAGCACAUGAUGCACAGAAAUGAGCGCCGCUACUCAGCUUUGGCCUGAAUUAUUGUGUAAAGUGGCACCAUUAAAAAAAAAAAAAACACCUGGCUACGUGUUCUGUGCUAGACUAACAGAGACUUGUCAUGGCUCUUGUAUACUGUUGUUGAUCUCUUGUUGCUCCGACUGCUUCUAUUGUUCUCAUUUGUAAGUCGCUUUGGAUAAAACUGUAUGCUAAAUGAUUAAAUGUAAAUUUAUGCUAAUAUAUCAUAAUAAGUAUAAUAAUACGUAUCAUAUUGAAACUUGUCAUUACUUUGUUCCUUAUUAUCACGUUCGUAGAUUUGUACAAUGUAUAGUUCGGAAAUAAUUCCUAGCAACUUUUGGAUGGUAAAAAUGGUAAAUAUAAAUUCUGAUGAGGUUGUGUUGUUUUGUGACUUAAAUCUAAAAUCUGCAUUUUAUAUUACAACCGAAUUAUGUACUCAGCAAAACCAACUCUCAUCUGGUGAUUAGUAAGUAUUUAUUUUGGACCUUGUCUAUAUAUUUGAAGAGCAUUUUCAGUGUAUUCUGGCUACCCUACAGUAUUUCUGCAAUGUCAGAAUUUUUUUUUUUUUUUUUUUUUUUUUUUAAAUACACAGCAUUAAGUAAUAAUGUUUUUUCAUCAGAUGCAGUUUUUCCAAGAAAGUGAAGAGUAAGUUCCUUUCUCUUAAACUGAAAGUGGAGGGAGACAAUAGUUUUGUACAUUUUCACAUUUCUGAAUGAAAGGUUUCACAUCAUUUUUUUUUACAUUGUUUUUACAUCACUAUGUUUUCUGUUCUGUUUCUGUUUUUUUCUAUUCCAUAUUGAAAUGAUCUUUGUUGUAUUUGUUGUUUAUCUAAUAAAGUCAUUUACA